AUGGCUACCGAGGUCAGUAUUCCCUCCUCGUCCUCUUCCUCCUUGCUCUUCUUGUCCGCUGCUGCCUCUUUCGCUGCUUCCCAGCUGCCAGCUGCGCUCCCUCACUUGCACCCAGCACGCCCCCGCUUCGUGAUCCCCUUAGGCCUGGCUGUAGUCUCUGCCAUGCCCAUGGGCUCUCAUCACGCGCCGCCCUCGGGACUUGCUUGCCCUGCUAGCCCUCUUCACGUGAAAGGUUCGUCGUUCCCGUUCGACCCGGUCAAGAGUCAAGCAAUGGAGGACUGCGUCGUCUCUCGUGACCCGAAGGCCAAGACCUUCCUGGCUCGCCUCUGCGAGCAGGCUGAGCGUUACGAUGAGAUGGUCACCUACAUGAAGGAGGUCGCCAAGCUCGGCGGUGAGCUCUCCGUCGACGAGCGCAACCUCCUCUCCGUCGCCUACAAGAACGUUGUCGGCACACGCCGUGCCUCGUGGAGAAUCAUCUCCUCCAUCGAGCAGAAGGAGGAGUCCAAGGGCUCUGACAAGCACGUUGGCACCAUCCGCGACUACCGCAACAAGAUCGAGGCUGAGCUCGAGAGAGUCUGCCAGGAUGUCCUCGACGUCCUCGACGAGGCUCUGAUCCCCAACGCCGCUACCGGCGAGUCCAAGGUCUUCUACCACAAGAUGAAGGGUGACUACCACCGCUACCUUGCCGAGUUCGCCUCUGGCGAGAAGCGCAAGACCGCUGCCACCGCCGCCCACGAGGCUUACAAGAGCGCCACCGAUGUCGCCCAGACUGAGCUCACCCCCACCCACCCCAUCCGCCUGGGUCUUGCCCUGAACUUCUCCGUCUUCUACUACGAGAUCCUCAACUCGCCUGAGCGUGCUUGCCACCUUGCCAAGCAGGCUUUCGAUGACGCGAUUGCCGAGCUCGACUCCCUGUCCGAGGAGUCUUACCGCGACAGCACUCUCAUCAUGCAGCUCCUGCGCGACAACCUGACCCUGUGGACCUCGUCCGACAGCGCCGAGGGUGAGCCUGCUGCCCAGGAGGCCCCCAAGGAGGAGAAGGCUCCCGAGGAGGCCGAGAAGAAGGAGGAGGCUGCGCCUGCCGCCCCCGCCGCUGAGCAGUCCUAA